AUCAAAAUGGCCGACCGAAGCGGUGUAUCGAAGCAUAGAAGGCAAAAAAAACAUUUCCAAGACUAUAAACCAAAAUGUUGAUGUGUCAAAAGCAAUGAAUAAAAAAAUAUUUGGCAUGAUCGAGUUAAUCUGCUAAAGAUAAAUAUAAGCUGGUUCAACAGACGGGUGAUUUGUUUCUUGAGUGUCUUCACACGAAUUGUGGAGCCUGUUUGCUGAAUACACCUUUGAUGCUUUAGAUGUUCGCAUUUGAAAACGUCUGCAACCGAAGAAUGACGCGUACAAGGAGUUCUCUUCUGGCCUCCAAAAAGUUCAAAAUAACAAAACGAAAGAAAGAAAGCAAUAUCAUGGAAAGUGACAUGGAAAGUGACAUGGAUAGCGAGAGUUAGAUCAACGGACUUUGAUUCCAUAACCAAAACUACAGGUAGCGUAAACACAAUGUCUGCUAGGGUAAGUGUGGUGACCUUAAAUUCAGACCGAGAACAAGGUGAGUUUAGCUGUGUUUGCGUCAAAAUCGAGACUGAUGAAUGGUAUAAUGCGGCUGCUGAUUUGUAUUCUGUGUGUGCAAAAUCAGAACAGGUUCUAAUAGAAGAGAGAAAACCAAAUUGUAACAAACAAGAUGCCUUCAAUGUAGUACAUGAACAAAGAGGAUGUUUACAGAUGGAUCAAGAUUAUACCAAACAAGAUGGCUUCACCUCCCAAUGUGUUAAAUCAGAGCAGACAGAAUAUGAAGUUAUGCGUCAAGAUGUCGAGGAUCAAGCUCAACUGGCCUUCCAAAAUUCUGUAUUUCUGACAAGGGAAGAGAUUGAGCUUUCAAAUGUUGACCAAUAUUGUGCUAGACCAACUGUGGGAGAAGAGACAAUACAAAAGGACCUUUACUCAAAACUUGAUGUUCAUUCAAACUCCGAAAAAGAUGACUCAGAUAAUGACUUUGUAGAGAUAUUCUUGGAAAGAGACAAACAAAAAAGCGAGAGCUCUCCUGCAACUCUUGCGGAACCAAAGAGAUUUCUAUGUGAAGAUUCAUCCAGUGGCGUGGUCCAGCCAAUGAGUCCUUCAGCAAGAGAUAGUGAAGAGAAUACUGUGACAAGGACUGUCCUUUCUCUGAAAGCAGCUAAGAUGAAAUUGAACGAAAAGGGUGACUUAGUGAAGAAAGUUAAGAGAAUGAAGAAAGUCAAGACCCCAGAAAAAGAUAGGACUGAGUACAGUCAUCAAGAGAGAAACCUGGUCAGCUGUAUGAACCUGGAACCUCGAGAUAAUGACCACUUUCUCUACUGUGGAGAAUGCAACAAGCAGUUUGAAGGGGACUGCCCUGUCCAUGGACCCUAUGACUACAUACAGGACAAAGAGGUGCCAGAAGGGGACCCCCUUAAAGCUGAUCAAACCGUGCCAGAUUGCCUUGUAAUUAAAACGUCCAAAAUAGCUGGAGCUGGUCUUGGAGUAUUUUCGAAGGAGGCACUGGAAUCUAGGGUCAUGUUUGGGCCGUAUGGGGGCGAUAUCAUUGCUGAAAACCAGAAAUCAGGAUAUUGCUGGCAGACCUUAAAGGAAGGCAAACCGAGCCAUUUUGUGUAUGCCCAGAACAAGGCCACCUCUAACUGGAUGAGAUACGUGAACUGUGCAAUGACGGAGUCAGACCAGAACCUUGUGGCGUUUCAGUACAAAGAAGGCAUCUAUUACUGCACAUUAAAGCCAAUUUCAACAGGAGAGGAACUGUGGGUCUGGUACGGAGACGAAUUUGCCAGAGAACUUGGCCUCAUCAGAAACAAAAACGUGUGCAGUUAUUCCAGUAAAAACAGUGGUCACUUGAAGAUACACAUGAGGAAACAUACAGGAGAAAGACAGUACACGUGUGAGGUGUGUGGCUAUUUAUGUAAACAGAGUGGUAACUUGAAGACACACAUGAGGAUACAUACUGGAGAAAGACCGUAUAAGUGUGAGGAGUGUGAUUUUGCGUUUAAACAAAGUGGUGAGUUGAAGACACACAUGAGGAUACAUACAGGAGAGAAACCGUACAAGUGUGAGGUGUGUGGUUAUAAAUGUAAACGUAGUGAUCACUUGAAGACACACAUGAUGACACAUACAGGAGAAAGACCGUACACGUGUGAGGAGUGUGAUUUUGCGUGUAAGCAAUGUGGUGAUUUGAGGAGACACAUGAGAAUACAUACAGGAGAGAAAGAGUACAAGUGUGAGGUGUGUGGCUAUGAAUGUAAUCAUAGUGGUCACUUGAAAAUACACAUGAGAAAACAUACAGGAGAGAGACCGUACAAGUGUGAGGUGUGUGGCUAUUUAUGUAAACAGAAUGGUCACUUGAAGACACACAUGAGGAUACAUACAAGAGAAAGACCGCACAAGUGUGAGGAGUGUGACUUUGCGUGUAAACAAAGUGGUGAUUUGAAGAGACACAUAAGGAUACAUACAGGGGAACGACCGUACAAGUGUGAGGAGUGUGGCUAUUGUUGUAAACAUAGUUUUAACUUGAAGACACACAUGAGGAAACAUACAGGAGAGAGACCAUACAGGUGUAAAAUGUGUGAUUUUGCAUGUAAACACAGCGGUCAUUUCAAGAUACACAUGAGGAUACAUACAGGAGAGAGACCGUACACGAGUAAGGUGUGUGAUUAUGCAUGUAAAGAGAGUGGUUCGUUGAAGAAACAUAUGAUGAUACAUACAGGCGAUAGACCCUAAAUGUGUAUGGUGUGUGAUUAUGCAUGUAUCAAGAGUGAUUGCAUGAAGAGACACAUGAAGAAGCAUGCUUGGUUGUACUUGUAACCAUAGUGAUGAUUUGAAGAAACGCAUGGGGAUACAUACGGGAGGUGUGUGGCUAUCCAUGGAUUCCAUGGGAGGAAGACUUAAAAAAGUAUAAGGUGUGUAGUUAUCCAUAUAUCUAUGAGAGGAAGACUUUUAACAGUUUAAGGUGUGUGGUUAUCCAUGUAUCUUUGGGAGGAAGACUUUAAAGAGUGUAAGGCGUGUGGUUAUCUAAGUAUCCACGGGAGGAAGACUUACCAAAGUGUUAGGUGCGUGAUUAUAUAUGUAUCCAUGGGAUUAAGACUUUAAAGAUUGUUAGGUGUGUGGUUAUCCGUGUAACCAGGGUGGUCCCUUGAAAACUUGAAGAGCCACAUGAGAAUAUACAAUAUAAUAAGAGAAGCAAGAACUAGACAUGAACAUAUAACAAAAUCUCUGAAAUCAGUAGAGACCAAGUGACGCACGUUAUUUUGCAUGACUUAAUGACACAAUAAAUCAUUGCUUUGUUAGAGCUGCAUUCAAACUAAAUUUUAAUUUACUCGUCCAAUGGGUUUUAUAAAUGAUUGUGAACAGUGCCCGAUGCGCACACAUCUCCCUACCUGCUUUUCCCAUCUUCAAUUUUAAAAUCUCCGUCGCAUAAUUCACUAUACACUUCACUUCGGAAAGGUUGCGUACUUUUGUUCAUAUUUCACAUGAGUUUGAUAAUUUGCAUUUAGAAAGAUACCUUUUUUAUCUUAGAUAAACAGCUUUUAUUAUCAUUGAGAGCAGAAGGUGGAGUAUUUAAAUUUGGGUUAGUUUAGACUCGCUUCCGUUUAUAGGGGUUUUCAUAACAUAAGCACUGCUCUUCAAUAAUUGGUGUUCUCUUGGUUACUUGAAUGUCAUUUACGACAAAUAGAUAAUUGCUUUGUUCACUCGUACCUUUUUCAAGGUUUGCUUAAUAUUUUUUCUAGUUUUGUUUCAUUGUGUUCUGUUAUAAUCUCACUCUUAGGAUUUUCCCAUCACGCUGUUGAUGGUUAAUUUCUUCUUUCUUUGAAUGAUUUCACUUUAAAUAAUGCUUUUUUCGAUGGUAUUUGUGUUAUGUUAUUGUCUGUCGAAUGUGUCAAGAUCAUAUAUUGUUGUUUCUUCGAGUUCGCGUGUUUUUGUAUUUCUUUAAAUGAGGCGUUUCUUUUUGUUAUAUUGCGUAAGUUACCUUUUAUA